AUGUUUUGGUCAUGCAAAAAAAUGCAAGUGGUAAGUCAAAGGAGGUGCUGUUUUCCCAGUGAAAAUGCCUGCACGCAAAGGAACAAUUUACUGCCAUGUCCGCAGAGGAUUCACACCGUAGCAACAAACCUUGAAAACUACCAAGGAGGUGCAUUUCUUUGCCCAGGCCACCUAAAUCUCGUGGACGAAGCUCCCAAAUUUACCAACCACGCUCUCUACAAACCCCCUACUACGAGAAAGGUAUGUUUCUUUUACACUCAAACAGCAGUCAAAAUGUACAGAAACAGAUCAUACAUUCUUAGUUUUGUUUUAGAAAAUAUUCAUAUUUUGCAUUAAAUUUUGCCCUAUACAUUUGUAGACAAAAUGUACUACUUCAGUCCCAUGUAUUACCCCAGAAAAGAAAAUAACUUGGAGGGAUGGAACCUCUCAGACUGCCCCUUUGCAGAGUGUUAAUGAGCUAGAAGAGGCAAAACAAUUAAUCACCAAAUUACAGCGCGAAAAUGCAGCAUUAAAAGAAAGAUGCAACAAGCUAGAAGGUAUUGUAUUGAGGUACUCUUAAUUUCCACACAUUCAAAACAAAGACGACUAGUUUCAACCUUUAUUAGAAAUAUUUUUUUAUUAAUUUUCAGAGCCAACUUUUGAUGAGCAGUUCAAAACGUUCCACAAGUGUCUCACUAAACAUUACAAGGAUGGAGGGCAGCGGCUAUACGACCCUGCAGACAUGGAAAAAUUUGCCAACAAGUGCACCCCUGGAUUGUUUGACCGUGCCUUGUGUCUAGUCAAGAAUGAUGAAAAACAACAGCUUUCUAAGAAAAGACAUGAAAUACUGAGACUGCGAGUUGUGGCACUGCUUCAUCAGCUGUCUUACUUUAGAAACCAAGUGUGUAUAAUAAUAAUAAAAAAUAAAAUAAAUAAUAAUACUAAUAAUGAUAAUGAUAAUGAUAAUGAUAAUAAUAAUAAUAAUAAUAAUAAUAAUAGCAGGAACCAUACUUUAGGAAGACACUUAAAUUAAAUUAAACACCAUGGUGUGUAAUAGACAUAAGUGUUGCUUGUUUGUUUUCAACAGAAAAACAAUCCCUUACAACAAGACUGUGGGUUGCACUUGUCCUUUCAUGGUGCCAGUGAUGAUGCUUUGACAGCUGGCUCACUUCUGGGGUUUAGCACUCACCCGAGAAGUGUGCUAAAUCAUAAAAAAGGAUUGUCUGGAAAAAGCAUUCACAAGACACAAGCGAUCGUUGAGAGUGCCAUAAAGGUACAUGUAUUUACUUACUGAAACAAUUCAUUAUUAAACAUCUGCCACUGCACAACACCCUGGCCACAAAAAUAAGUUGACACAAGGUGAGGUGGCUGGAUGUAAAGAAGCAGGGGCUAAAUAAAAGGCACAAGGACCUUGUAACAAGGAGACAAAAACAACAAAAAUAGAGUGAUUUUAUUUGAACCGUGAAACAGAUAUUAACAAACUGUGCAAAAUAGCAAGAGGUAAACAAAAGAAGACAAUGGAAUUAAUACAUAAUAGUGCGUAGUAUUCUUCUACCUGUUUCACGGUUUAAGUAAAAUGACUCUAAUUUCUCAGUCCAUAGAUGUACACUGAUCCAGUUAAAAAUUUCCUCCCCAACAGAACAACAACUUCCUCCUGCUCAUUAUAGAUGAUUUUCAUUGUGUCCAGUCUAUAAAAGAUCCCAAACAGAGCCAGCUGAGCAGGUGCCUUCACAUGUGUACUGGAGUAGUGGAUCACCAAGAAUCUAUACCGGCAAUGCCAACAACAAGAAACGUCCACCGGGUUGUACCUGUUCGAAUUGCUGGGGGUGCAAUUGUUAACUGCCGGGGAGGAAUUGAUGCCAACAAAGUGAACGAGUUGUUUCAAGAGCAUUUGUCAAAUUAUUUUACAUUCAGUUACUUAGACUCUCUACCUGCUGGUUUCAGCCAGUUUGACCUGACAAAUGUAAACAAAAGUUUAGUUGAAUUAAGGUAUGAUUUACAACAAAUCAGAAACCUAAAAGUUAAGGUAGUGGUCUAAUAGUCAUUGGGUGCCACAAGCUUGUACAAAAAGAAUAAUAAUACUUUUAAGUAAUAGAUUUUAGUAAUGUAUUUCAUCCAAACUUUUCAUGCAAUUUAACACUUUGGCAUAAAUCAAUGCCACAUAAAUUUUAAAAUUAACUGGCACCAUAAAUAUCUUUAAUAUAAAUUCCCCGUCAAAAAUGAAAUUGGCAACUCCCAAUGUCAAUAACUAGUUUUACAUACAGCCCAUCAUAAAUUUUUUACACAUACCACUUUGCAUUGUCUCACAAUGUAGGAAUUUGAAAUGGAAAAUUUAAUAUUGAAUGGAUAAUUGAGUUUCAAAAAAUGUUGCGUAAGGGUGCCAAAAAAGAGCAUGUACAAUAUUUCAUGAUACAAACAAUAACAAAUACCUUGUAGAGUGUAUACAGAUGAGGCCAGACAUGACUUGGAUUUGCUGUCCAACACUUGGCUAGUUGACGAAUUUGAACAGUCCCUUAAGAGCAUGGCAAAUUAUAGAUAAGCAAUGCAGCACCUCAAUGAAGUUUGCCCAUCACUAAGCGAGUACAUGGAAAAGAACCUACUGCUAUUAGCUGGUGAUUGGCCAACAUGGUACUACAACAAGAAGAUUAUAUGCCAGGUUUGGCUUAACAUUUUUAAAACACUUUUAGCAUAAGGAACAAUAAUGAGCAAGUGGCACAAUGGUGAGAGCACUCGCCUCCCACCAAUGUGGCCUGGGUUCAAAUCCCAGCAUGGACGCCAUAUGUGGGUUGAGUUUGUUGUUGGUUCUCUCCUUUGCUCCGAGGGUUUUUUUUUUUUCGCUGUACACUCCGGUUUUCCCCUCUCCUCAAAAACCAACACUGCCAAAUUACAAUUCGACCUAGAAUUAGGUACACAAGGAACCACUUUGUGGAUGUGCUACCUCUGAAUCAAUAUAUAUUUAAUAUAAUAUUCACAGUAUAUUUCUGAAGUGAAAUAUUUCAUGCGUAAUGGGCAGUGAAUAUUUUACAAGAACUUCUCUGUACUUGGUCAGAUUGAAAAUCUUUGAACAGGUUAAAAUUCAUAGAAGACAUUUACAUAAAAUUCAGGGAAACUGAGCUGGUAGAAAUUUCGUAACUGCUUUGCGUGUGACUUCACGGCUCAUUAUGCAUGCAAGAAUGCAGAGAUGAAUCUGAAAUGUACAACUACCAACGGAUUCAACUUUCGAAUAAUAAAUUCAUUAAUGUAAUCUUGGGGGUUAUGCUUGACUUGACUGUAACACAUUACAAAGGGAAAAAAGUUUCAACCAAAGAUAAAAAUGAACCACAACACAUACUCAAGGGUAAAUAUUAUUCAAAACUUGGGCAGUCCCCACUAAGAGAACUGCAUUUCAGGAGCAACAAAAAGAAACUACAGGUACGUAAACAAAUACACACUGAGAGAGUCCACUCCAGUUAAACAGAAAAACAUUUACAUUUAUGUUGAUCUUAAUUACUUAAUAUUAAUUAAUAUACAUACAAUUUUAAAGUAAGAAUAACUUUUUUUAUACUUUCAAAGUUUGAUUAUGAACAUUAGCUAAAAAAAAGUUGCUUACUCUACAGUGGAAACCCGAUGUUGACCCAGACAGAGUAUUGUCAGUGGUGCCAUGGCAGGGGCCCUUCCAUAUCUGUCUGAACUCACAAGAAGAUGUUGUGGCAAAUUUCCGCUGUUUUUUUGAAAAGCUUUACAAACAUUUGUUUGGUCAAAGAAAAGUGUUGCCUUCCAAGCCUAAACCACACAGAAUUUCGACUCUCAUCACUACAGCAUUUGGUGGAUGGCUGACUGUAAAAACCGCUGUUCUGCCUGCAUUUGGACAAUGCAAAGACCCAGAAUAUGUCCUUCUUGUGUUUCUCCUGGAUGAAUUGGUUCCACUUGUGUUUUACUUUUAUUCAGUUAUCUUUCGAGGUGGUGACCAAAGGAAGUGGGUUGAUGCCAUGAUACGGUUAGCUCUCAUGUUUAUCAUCCAAAGGCGGCGUCACUAUGACAAGGCCACCCUGUGUCAGUUGAGCGACCUUGUACACCAGCAAGAGGCCAUUCCCAACUUCCAGGAGCUACUGGAGCAAUGGCUCAACGAGCUAACAGAAAAGAAAGUGGAAGUUUUCCAUUCACUUCUUCGAAGGUAACAUACAUGUACCUAGGAAAUUCAAGUGCAUAAACGGUUUGUCAAACAUUACCCUGAUACAGUAUAACAGACAGAUCCUAAUAAUGUGCAAUAUUGCCCCAGGGGCAACAUGUUUUUUAACAAUGCCACAUAUUUUUUUUACCUGAAAAAUUUAGUGGUAAACCAAUCAAUUCCUCUUAAAACAAGCAGACCACUACUUCAACAAAGCUAUGAUUCAUCAUUAUUUUUAAAGGUAAGGAAUGCAAAGUUCCUAAACGUGGUUUGAAUAAAACUAUUUUUCAUCUGUGCGCUGUUGUUUUAAAUGAAAUUAGUCAAGGCCACAGCCCUUGAUAUGACUCUCAAUGACAGACAAUGUCAGCGUGCAAAGACAGCCGUGUCCGAUAGCCCACGGCUAGUGGAUUUUGCUAUUGGGCUAGUGAUUCUUGUUCUUAACUUGCCCAACAGGCAAGUGCUGUUUUUUAGGCAAAUUCAAAUUACAGAAGGAUUGGAAUCAAUCGUGCUAAUCAAAAAGGGUUUUACGGCUAGUUGAAAUGACUUGUGGGCGAGUAAAUGCUAGCUACAGCUGCGGCAUCUGUAAAACUGACUUUCUUUUAAUUUCAGCUAAGUCACUAAGACAUUUCAUUGUCCUUGAAUUGUCAGAUCAGUUCCUCCAAAUGCCACAGCCAGCCAAGUUCAGGCAGCUGCAAAGGCCAUAAGUGCAAACAGAUGUGCAGAAGACUUUUGUACCUGGUUCCUUACCAAUAAUCCAAGAGGCAAGGGUGUCCGGAACCUAAGGGACCUAUCAAACAAAGCAGCUGAGUUUCUUCUUGACUUGUUCAUCUCUGUGAGGCAAAACCUUGGAAACUCUGCAAAAAUACCCAGAGGACAUAGGAAAUAUCAGGUAGAAUCCAAUAUGGCUGUAACAACCCAUUCCAUAACAAAACAAAGCAUUUCCUAUACAAGAUAUACCUGAAACAAACCUUUAUCUUUUUCCAAUGCAGCCUUAUUAUCUACCC